AGUCGGAGCUUCGCCAGAGGAAGCAAACCUCGCGCGCUUGCCGCGGUUCAGGUGGGAGAGGAAUUUGAACUCCCUUUCAUCCCCUGCCCUCCUGUGCGCGCGCGCGCUCACGAACACACAUACAGUACACAGCUGUGGCUCCUCAGCCUUUCGCGAGGGGUCUUGCAAGGAAGCCUUCUCGGACAGUCUGCUAAGCUUCCCGCGUUAAGCAGCGGCCGGAACUGCGCAGUGCAUGAGGUCUGCAGAGUGGCUGAACAUUUUGCCAUAAACUCCAAGGGCCACAAACCAUGUCAGGCUCCUAUGAUGAGUCUGCGGCAUCUGCUGAGGAAAUAACUGACAGUUUCUGGGAGGUGGGGAACUACAAACGGACGGUGAAACGGAUUGAUGAUGGAUAUCGGCUGUGCAAUGACCUGAUGAACUGUGUCCAAGAGCGGGCCAAGAUCGAGAAGGCAUAUUCCCAGCAGCUGAUUGAUUGGUCCAAACGGUGGAGGCAGCUAAUAGAGAAAGGCCCACAGUACGGCAGUUUGGAGAAAGCGUGGAUGGCCAUAAUGACAGAGGCGGACAAGGUGAGCGAGCUGCAUCAGGAAGUGAAGAAUAGCUUGUUGAACGACGACUUCGAGAAGGUGAAGAACUGGCAGAAGGAUGCAUUCCACAAACAGAUCAUGGGAGGCUUCAAGGAGGCCAAGGAAGCAGAGGAUGGUUUUCGGAAAGCACAGAAACCCUGGGCCAAGAAGAUGAAGGAGCUGGAAACAGCCAAGAAAGCGUAUCACCUGGCAUGCAAAGAGGAGAAGCUCGCCAUGACCCGAGAAGCCAACAGUAAAGCUGAGCAGUCCAUCACUCCAGAUCAGCAAAAGAAGCUGCAAGACAAAGUGGAAAAAUGCAAGCAGGAUGUGCAAAAGACCCAGGACAAGUAUGAAAAGGUGGUGGAUGAGCUUAGUAAGUGUACCCCACAGUACAUGGAAAGUAUGGAGCAGGUCUUUGAGCAAUGCCAGCAAUUCGAAGAGAAGAGACUCAUCUUCUUGAAGGAGGUGCUGUUGGACAUCAAGCGGCACCUGAACCUGGCGGAGAACAACAGCAGUUAUAGUAAGGUGUACCGUGAGCUGGAGCAGACCAUCCGCACUGCCGAUGCGCAAGAAGACCUACGAUGGUUCCGCAACACUAGUGGCCCAGGAAUGCCCAUGAACUGGCCUCAGGUAGAGGAGUGGAACCCAGAUGCAGCAGCACAACCAGUAGCAAGGAAAGAGAAACCUCCAAAAAAGACUGAAACAAGCAACGCAUCCAAUUCCAGUGGGGGUGGGGAGGCAGCAGCACAAGCUGGGGACCGUGGCAGCGUGAGCAGCUAUGAUCGUAGCCAAGCCUACGCUGCCGAGUGGUCAGAUGACGAGGGCGGCAACACCUUCAACUCCAGCGAAGCCAAUGGUGGUGCCAACUCCUUCGAGGAAGAGCCAGCUGCAAAAGGCGUGCGCGUACGAGCUCUGUAUGACUAUGACGGGCAGGAGCAGGACGAGCUGAGUUUCAAAGCAGGUGAUGAAUUAACCAAAUUAGGUGAAGAAGACGAACAAGGCUGGUGCAAAGGGCGUCUGGACAACGGGCAACUGGGUCUUUAUCCAGCUAACUAUGUGGAGUCUAUCUAGUUUUAUCGUGUUCUCCUCACUGCUGUCAGAAAAACAAACCAACCCGCUGUCAUCGCCUAUCUCUCUAUUCCAGCCAAGUAGCCAUUUUGCCGUCCCGUCACCCACUCAGCACAAUUAGAAAUAUCCAAACAUAUUUUCCGACCGAUCUUAUUUUUUUAAUAGACAUUUCUGAAGAGUAUUUUGUGAUCGCUUUAAUCUUUUUAUUUUCUUCCCUUCUGUUUGAGAUAAUGAGAUACGAAAAGGUCAACACUGUCUCUGGAGGGCUUCCUUAAUAAGUGAAAGUCAGGACCUCAAGUCCUUAAAACCUGACCAACAAGGCUUCUGAUUGGUUGGUUUUUAAGGCUAAUGAAUUUGUGAUCUACCCUGCAAUUGGCCUGAACAAUUCUGAAAUCCCUGGCACUUCUGCUGCUGGGGCCAUUAAAUCCACUUCACCCUAUCUGAAUAGACUGAACAAGUAAAAAAUAAGGAGGAUUUGUUAUUUGAUUUGUUAUUCCUGCCCAUUUCCCUUCUGCGUUUUCUUUCUUGCCUAUUCCCGUUUUGAAAAGCAACAAGACAGCUGCUCUUUGUCUUCUGCAAAAAGCCUCAGUCAGCGUUCUUGCACAGUAAUAUUCUACUAGUCAACCGAUCAUCCUGAGCCAUUGCAUUUGCUGGAAUUAUUGUAUGCAUAUGCUAUUUAAAUCAAAGGGUUCGCCAUGCAGAGCCCCAAGAUCCCAUUUCCCCCAUAUAUUUGGAGCAUGAUAAGGCUUCUCCUGCUGACUGGAGACAUACUGAAACUUUGAGCUCAAGAUGAACACCCUAUGCAAUUAAUUCAAGUGUACCUCACUUGCUCCUUUCUCCCAGUUUCUUUUGCAGAACUUGGGCUCCAUUACUGGGAACCUGAUCAGUUAGGGGUGGAGCAAAUCCAUCCCUUUAAUUCAAAAACAACACAGAUUUCUGUGCUGUUUCCAUUCUGAGAGUAUCUAUUGAAGCAGGAAAACAAUGAGAUGCAAGCCUGUGAUAGCUAAUUUAGGCUGCCUGCAUAAUCAGACAGACCACCAGGCACUCUUUGACAGAUAAAUUCAUUGUUGUGCUAUGGUCCAAAAACCUUUCCUGAAAGUGGUGAUUUGCCGCAGUUUUCAUUCUUAAACAAGAUUGCCCAUUCAGUUGCUACAGGAUGCCUUUGGAAACAUAUACUUGAUUGGAAUCCAAGCCUUUAGCUAUCGAGAAUAUAUCAACAACUGCCCAGAUGUUGACUGGAAAUUUCAUAGUGUGAACAGGGUUAAGUUCUCCAAAGUGAGGUGGGAGGCUGCAUCUCUGUAUCAAUUGGGGUGGGAAAACCUACGUAGUUAAUGAUUAAGGAAACAGGAAGUUGUCAGUGUGAUGUCAUGCAACAUAUGACGUAGAAGGAAUUCAGCAGAUGAGAUGUGUGAGUGGUAAUAGAUGCCAGCGCUGGUGCCGGGAAGAAGUAUCCUUAAAGUAUUGGAAAGUCCGGUUGGAUUUCUGUGCACAUUGUAAUAUUAGCAGCAGAUGUGUCUGAUUUGGUGCAUUGAUUUUGAACAGUUUGGAGCCAUGGAAGUAGUCAGAUGACUCAAGGAUAGCAGAAAAGAUAACCCAGACUGCGGAGAAAAGUUUGUUCUAAAGUGAGGUGCUGUGUCCCUUUUUCAGGCAGUAUAAGAAGAUUGCUAAAAGGAAUAUUUGUGAUGGAAUCCCAGAUAAAGCGCCAAAUCCAUGUUGAAGCUCCGUCCUGUUUGGGAAAAGCAUUUGUUCCACAGAAGUAGAAGGAAGGAGUUUGAGGGCUGGCCAGGAUGCGUCAGCCAAAGUGUUAGCCCUUCAGCUCUUUGAGCUGAGGACAGUGUGGAUGGAUGCCUAGAGUUUAGAUUAAAUGUAAUCCCAAACACAUAAAGGUCCACGUCAGCAGUGAAAUUGUGUUUGGCUUGCUUCAGCCUCCAGAAGUAUUCUGUGUUCAUACUGGAAACGAGAAAUUAGUUGGUUGGGAUAGCUAUGUACCAGAUAGAUUAAGGAAACUGGUAAGAAGUUAGCAUGCCCCUAGACCAGGGGUGGAGAAUGUGAGACCCAAGUACCAAACCUUCCAGGCCUCUCUGUCUGUCCCUCAGAACUCUCCUCAGACCACACACCCUCCCUGGCCCUGCUUUUCACUGAGUAUUUUUCCCUGGCUGGAGUGUGCCCUUGAACUCCUAGUGUCUCCUGCUUAUGGAGGAUAAAAUUGGUGUGCAUAGAAACUAGCCUACUGUACAAAGGUAAACUCUACAUUUGUCACUCCACCCACUUUUACCUGUGGCAUGCGACCCUCGGAAAGUUGUCCAGAAAGAAUGCAGACUUCAGGCAUGAAUGAGUCCCCCACCUGCAUUCUAGAUCAAAGGGAAGUGAAAUUUUCCUACCUUUCCCCAUCCAAAUCCCUCACAGUUGGCACAAGAGAACCACCUAUCUAGAGCUGAAGAAGCUACCAUAGGAGAAAUUAGCAUAGGAUGACAGUUUUUUCAGUCACCCCUCUGUUUGGCCAAAGAUAUCAUUGAACUGGGAUCCAAACUUGUUUAUUAUUCAGGAACCCUUCUGUGCCAGUAAAUGAGGAUCCUUCAUUAUUUUUAAGUUCUCUAACAUGCUUAAUAAAUUGAAUCUUCUAGCAAGCCUUUGUCCUGUCUGAGAACAGGACAUGAGUUUGAGCCCUACAAGGAUCAAUAAAGAAACAAUAUAUUUUGUACCACCUACAUAUUGCUUAACUGACUUUGGAUGUAUUCCUGCUAGCAUAGGUGAGGCCGCCCUUUCUCUAUAGGUGAUUUGGUGUAAAAUUCAUCAAUAGAAAGUCACAGAGUAGAUCCAAGCAUUUCAGUGGAAAUUUCUCCAAUCAGAGUAACUAAUUUCUGGUAUUCAAUGGGGAAAAAAUUAUUGGAUGGAAGACCAGCACUAAAUGCUGAUCUGAAUCGGCCAUUCCAACACAAAGGAUGAAGAAGCAAAUACCAGUUGGUUCCAUGAAUGGAAUGAACUUUGGUACAUGGAAAGAAAGUUGCACACAGAGGAGUCCUUCUGCAAACAGAGCUAUUCACAAAGUGAUUGUGUGUGAUGCAAUAUAAAUCGGGAAUCGAUAUGUCAAGCAUAAUUACAGCAUUUGAUCUAAAGGGAAGCAAAAUUGUUGCUGGUGACAUUUGUGGAAAAGUAGGAUUAGAUGAGAUUAAGGGGAGGAAGCAAAUUUGAUUUGAUUAUCUUUAAGAAUAUCUUUGUCCAAAAAAAUCUCUCAAAUGUAAAGACAUUCCUUCAAAUCUGUUUAUUCAUGAAUUGUUCAAUUGUUGAUUUUUUAAAUAGCUCUGGCCAGAUAGGCUUUUAAGAAGUUGUAUUUUCUUCUCCAAAAGUUAGGAAGCUGAAAUAAUCACAAUUCAUUUCUGUAUUCUUAUCUUCUCAGGCUUCCUUACCUUGGGAAAAUUCUUGCCCUUUACUCAAAUACAUGGGUUCCUUGCAGCCUUUUUUUUAAUCUGAGAAACUAGAUUAGCUAAUGGCAAAGUAGAUUAGAGUGAAGUCUCAGCAGUUCUUUUCUCAAUUUCUCUUCUCCAUGGUAGCACAGUGUACAUGGUGCAUAUCAUCAAUGCUGCACAUCACCUGGGCUUGACCCAUCUUUGGUUGACAUAUUUCAAACUGAUAGAAUCUGAUGUUUCCAUCAUCCAGCUACCUCCCAUUCCUAAUUUGUUCAUUUCGCAUAUCUCACCUCAGAGAGUGCUCUGUUUGCUUCUGUUUACCAGAAGGCUCCUUGUUUCAUGUCUGCUUAUAGUACACUUUUAUUAACAUUCCUCUUCCAAAGUGUGCUCGCCUACAUUGGAUUCAUCCAGCUGGGGACCCACAGAUGCUUAUAGCUAUUGUAACUUAGCUAGUCUAUAUAUGAGUCUUCAAAUCUUUCCUUGAAUGCCCCCAGUCAUCCCCUUCUACAGCUAUCCCCUUCCCCAGGUUUCUUUACAUAGAGCCGCCAUCCUUCCUCCUCCACUGCAACCUGUUUAUCUUACAAAUUAUUGGAGCCAGUGAACCAAGUGUUGUUUCUGAACAAAACAUGCUGCAUACUGGAUAACAUAGACAAUAUUUUUCCGACCUUCAACUUUUGUUUUGUUUUGUUAGGUUAAGAAAAACUUUGAAGAAUGCUGUUGUCUCAGCAAUGCACCUGUGUUUUUUUUGUACAUUGAUUGUGUAAUUUAAAACAAAAAGGU